AUGCGUUGCUGCGGGCCGAUCACGUACUGCCUCGGCAAACUAAACGCCGUGGAGGAAAGGAAGUUCAAGCGACAGCGGCUGGCCGGUUCGGACGCGACCCGCGCAGGCUUCACGCAAGAGUCGACGCUUUCCAGGCGCGAGAGGCGUUCGGUGGCCCGGGGCUGGAGCAAGAGGCAAGGAAAGUUUCGACGGGACUUCGACAAGCGGGGCUCCUAUCUCGGCAACCGGAUCUACGAGCUGACAUCGCAAAUCGAGAGCAACGAGCAGCACAUUCGGCGUAUUGAGGAAGCUAUGGCGGAGCAAGACCUCGCGAGUCUUCUCGCCCCUCUCCCCCCCUCGCCCAUCGAAGGAAAUGCAGACGUGGACGCACGGGCGUGUACCGAGGGCGAGGACAACCAGUACAAGGAGGAAGUGUCCGCCACCCAAGCAAACCGCUUGUGGUAUCAAGGGCACUCGGCGUUGACGGUGUUGAAGGAGGAGCGGAAGCGCGACCUGCGGCAACUGGAACUCACGCAGCAGGCGAAGAGCUUGUCCGAUGAGUCGUACACGACGAUCCCAGCAGUGAAGGCAGCAGAGGCCAAACGGUUUGAGCUGUUGAACGAGGCCUCGCGUCGUCGACACGAGUCGUCGCUCUUGCGGAUCGCGGCGAGAGUAAACUCCGCUGGCUCGCGGGUUUACGCGGCAUCGACAGUCCUGGGGUGGCUCAGGGACUUUCGGGGGCACGGUGGUUUCAAGCGAGAUUCAAGGAGGGUGCACGAGAGGGACUGGAUCAUGUCGAAAGAGGACCUCAAGGAUGAGCUUAUCAAGUGGAUGAGGACACAGAAGCGCCUUACGGUCAAGGACGUCCAGAACUACAUCAACCAGUGGCUCUUCGCGAACGAGAUCGGGGAUUUAUCCAGACUCCUUUCGCACCAGGUGAACCUUCCCGUGUCCAUGGUCACAACCCACUCCUGGAUCAUCGCGCUGGGGUGCAAGUACGAGCGGGCUACGAAGUCUUUCUACACGGACGGCCACGAGAAGAAGGACGUGGUGGUGUACCGCGGCAAGUACAUCGACGUGAAGCGGAAGCUCGCCCUUCGGCAACCGUUGUGGGUGCGAGUUCAACGAGACACUCUGACGCCGGAGGAGCUUCAGCGGCUUGACGGCAUCAAAGGUCCGGCGGAGGAUUUCUGCGCAGAGGUUUACGAUUGCGUGGUAGAGGGGCGCGAGUGCAUCGAGUUCCACGUCGAUCUCCUGCGGGACAACGGCUCCGUCGAUCGAUUCGACGAUCUCCGUGCUGAACUUGGACCGGAAGGGGGGCACUUCAGCGUCCGCUUCGAAGAAGCUGCUGCUCUUCCAUGCGAGCAUUUUCACACCCCGGCCAAGUGCAAAUGCAACAGGAAGGCGGUGAACGCGCGUCGCAAGGAGAAGGGCAAGGAAGACCUGACACCAAGCCCUGGCCUGCGGUUUCUCCAGUACGGGAAGAACAAGGAUGGAUACUGGGGAUACAACGAGCUCAAGGAACAGAUCGAGGACGUCUUGGACGUCUUGGACGUCUUCGAACCCGACAUGCAAGUGGUGGUUGAGAUCGACCACUCUUCGGGGCACACAAGAUGGAUUGCAUGUGGGGAACAUGAACGUCAAGGGUGUUUGGGACCGGAAGAGGCGAAGAUGUACCUCUCCAACGGCAAGUUGAGCACGGAGUUCAUCGAGGGGGCAGAGGUCUACGACAUGAAGCUCAAGGUUGGCGACACACAGACCAGCACGUUUGCGGCAGGUUCUCCACCUCCCUUUUACGAGUGGGAUGCGCCGCGCAAAGAUGUGAAGGUCGCGCGCAAGGCUAAGCGCAAGAGCAAAGCGGGAGCGGAGGUUGGCGCAGGCAAUGAAGGGGCGGCUGACGGGGCUGGAACAAAGCCUAGGGAUGAGAUUUAG